AUCACUUGCUACCUCAAGGCGACAAAGAACAUGACUUUGACCACCAAGCGCGGGCUCAGCGUCCACAUCUCUCUCUUCAUCGCGCCAGAGAACGUGUCCAGAUUCUUCGAAGCGUUCAAACCCGUAUACGAGAAAACACUGGCCGAGCCGGAGUGUCUGUUCAUCGAGGCCUACCUGGCAAGCGAUGACCCCGGGCAUAUCCGCCUCGUCGAGAACUGGGAUGCUUCAGUAGAGUUUCUCAAGGCAAGAUCUGGUAGGGAAGAGUUCAAGGACUAUUUUGCAUUUAUAGAGACGCUUUUUGUGAAGCCGCGCCGUAUUGAGGUGUUUAACCGCUUGGACGGCUUCUAUGCUGCACGAGAGUAGGAGAAGCGAACCAUUGAAGUGUCAACACGAAAUAGCACUGGUCCCUUGGAGAGACAUUACUGUCUAUAACGGUCUCAAGUGCGGUUAAGGCUUUUUUACUUUAUCGCUAC